AAAUUUCUCGCAGCAGUUGUGUUCGAUAAAAAAAGAAUGGCCAAGAAGAGAAGCAAACAAGUGGUUUCUGCGAGCUCGAGCCAACGAUCCCAACCACUCAAGCCCUCAUCACGCAGCUCAGUAAAGUCUCACACAAAUCGACAGCGUGGGGUCACCACCACCUUCUGCAUUUUAUUCUUCAUCGUUUCUUUACUAAUUUACCGUCAAAAGUACUCCAACACUGCUUCUACUACUGUUGUUGAUGAUGCUGACAAGCCUUAUGUUUACCAACGCGCCCUCGUUAAAACCGAUUCAACUUACAGUGAUAUUCUCAAUGAGAAUACUAACGUUUCGGAAAAUAUUAGUCGGCGGCAUUUUGAAAAUCCCAUUCUGGCCUAUAUCACUCCAUGGAAUUCAAAAGGCUAUGACCUGGCAAAGAAGUUCAGUUCUAAAAUCACACAUCUGUCACCUGUUUGGUAUGAUCUGAAGAAUGAGGGAAGUAAACUAGUUCUGCAUGGAAGACAUAAUGCUGAUAGAGGAUGGAUUUCAGACAUUCGAAUGAAAGGAAAUGCUCUGAUUUUGCCUAGAGUUGUCCUGGAGGCGAAUCCGCUGGACUUGCUUGAGAAGAAGAGGCUUAGGGAGAAAGCAAUCAACCUUAUCAUAACAGAAUGCAAGGAAAUGGAGUAUGAUGGUAUUGUACUUGAGUCUUGGUCAAGAUGGGUAGCUUAUGGCAUCUUGCAUAAUUCAGAUAUGAGAAAUCUGGCAUUGCAAUUUGUAAAGCAACUCGGAGAAGCUAUGCAUUCUGUGCACUUAAAAAGGAAUGGCAAGACAAAUCUGCAGUUAGUUUAUGUGAUAGGCCCACCACGUACAGAUAAGCUACAGGAGCAUGACUUUGGACCAGAAGAUUUACAAGCCCUUUAUGAUGCUGUAGAUGGUUUCUCUCUCAUGACUUACGACCAUUCAAGUCCUUAUAAUCCGGGUCCCAAUGCACCUCUGAAGUGGGUACGUUCUACCUUGCGUCUUCUUGUGGGUGCUGGCAGCAAAGGUAGGAGAUUGGCUGAAAAAAUCUUUGUCGGGAUCAACUUCUACGGCAACGAUUUUGUCCUGUCAGGAGGUUUAGGCGGGGGGCCUAUCACAGCACACAAGUAUCUCUAUUUGCUAGAGCAGCACAAGCCUGUAAUUCAGUGGGAGGAGGAAAGCGCGGAACAUUUCUUCUUGUACUCUGACAAUCAACAUGUCCAGCAUGCUGUAUUCUACCCAUCACUUAUGUCACUUGCAAUGCGACUCCAGGAAGCUCUUUCAUGGGGUGCAGGCAUAUCAGUUUGGGAAAUUGGUCAAGGUUUGGAAUACUUUUUUGAUAUUUUGUAGUAUUUUUUUUUAUCUUCAGGUGGCGCCGGUGCUUAGUCUUACAUUUCCAUUUUUUUUAAUUAGAUAGUUGAAGAGAUUAUGUUGCUACAGUUGUCAUGGAUUAAUUUCUGAAUCUAUAGUAGUAACAUCAGUGCGGCACUAUGUUACCAUUUUCACUUCA